UGAACAGAUCUACACUCGAUUGUCCUGGGUGAAACAGGAACAAACCACAGCUGGGUCAUCACAAAGGGAGCUGAGUCAUUACACUGAAAUUUUCACCGAGAAGAAGAAGAACGGAGUUGUAGCAAAGAGAAUUCUCGUGCAAGGAGAGACUGGAAUUGGAAAAACGACUUUCGUUAAGAAGCUGCUUGUAGAUUGGUCGAAUCUUGGAGAGGCGAAGAUGGAUGAAGAACGGAAAGAUGCACUGAGGAAGUUUGACGUCGUUUUUUCUGUUAAUCUCAAAGAAGUAUCCAAGUGCCAGACGUUUAAAGAAGUCUUAAGUCAGUCUCGUGUGUUUCCAGACGAUGAAACAUCUUCAGUUGACGAUCUUCUCAGUUACAUUGGUGAGAACCAAGACAAAGUUCUGCUUGUGUUUGAUGGCUAUGACGAGUACCGCACAGGCAGCGAAGCAGAAGAAAAGUAUGGCAGUAGAAGCACCUCUCCAAUCUACAAAAUAUUCCACGGGAAUAUUAUGAGAGACUGUACUGUCCUGGUAACCACUCGACCUUCACGUGCUGAUGAGCUGCAUGAACGUGCUGACAUACAUGCCGAGAUCACUGGGUUUAAUUGGUGUGAUAGAAAGGCCUUUAUGAUAAAGUUUCUGGAUAGCGAAACUGAGGGGGAUAGUCUAUACCAGUUCUUACUCGUGAGUGAUAUGGAAGACCUAGCAAGAGUGCCGUUACUGAAUCUCUUUUUUUGCUUGCUGUGGAAGGACGAAAAGGAAAAGUUGGAAGAAGGAUUGAAAAGAAAAACUGAAUUGUUUCAAGCAAUUUUAGAACACAUUUUACAGCACAGCCGCAAAAGGCAUUCUCCGUCUAAUGGCUCUAAGCUGAAAGUAACCGAUGACAACGAAAUUCUUACUGAAAUGGGAAAGGUUGCGUUGGAAGGUCUUCUUCGAGGUGAUCUGUUGUUCAAGUGUGGUCAACUUUCUGAGAAAGUUCGUGGUGAAGUGAGUAUCAUUGUUGGUCUUCUUCAAGUUUCUGAGUUUGGACCAAGUGUAGAACCAAAGGAGAUGGUGUCUUUUAUCCAUAAGAGUAUUCAGGAAUACUUGGCGGCGUGGUUCGUAACCUACAGAUGUGUUCCUGAAGGAAAUCUCGGUGGAAUUGAGCUGCACGCAUGUACUGUGAAGGAUUGUGAGGCCUUAGAGAAUGUUUUUCAGUUUGUUUGUGGGUUGUCCGACAAAGGAGCAGAGAAGGUUUUUGAGCACUUUUCGUCAGUUAGAACACGGGAUUUAUCAAUGACAAUACCUGAUGCAGACAACAAAACAGAUGUACCUCCAUAUGACCUCACUAAGGAGCACUGGCGGUUCAGUGACCUCGCUUUCAAUUGCUUUCGAGAGGUUAAAUCAAAAACUGAACUGUUGAGUGGUUUUUUGGAUUGCUUUGGUGGGAUCGUUCCUGUUCCCAACGAAGUACUACUUUCUCAAUUUAUGCCAAAUGUUAAAAACGUAUCUACAUUAGCACAUUCUCGUACUUUUGCUUUUCGUUUUCAUCCCCAUGAUGAACUCUCGAUCCCGAGCAAGUCGCUGGAGCAGUUUCUUAACUGCAUCCAUGGGUCCCUAAGAAUAACUGAAAAUACUGAAGUUCACAAAGUUAGCGACUUUCUUGAAGAUUUUCAGAGUAUAAGUGAACGCGGGGCUAACUGGGACAGCAGGUGCUCAUUUCAUUUCAUCCUCCGUUUCCGUAAUGGUGAGCUUCAGUUUUACAUAACAAAUUUGUUUCUGAACUGUGAUGACCAUGCCAGAUUAUUUACGGAAACUAGUGACAUUUCUGUUCCAUCUGUCGCCGCAAAUUUGAGUUUAAAAGAUUCUUGUCUUAAAUUUACAAGAUCUCUACAAUGGCGGCUCAAAGUACGUGCCGAAACUAUGAAAGGUCUUGGUACAGCCGUAAGAAACUGUAGACAUCUGAAUUGCAUCGACGUUGCAGCCACCAAAGAAUUGACACGUGGGAAUUGCAUCGUUAUUCGAGACAACGAAGACUCCGUCUGUCAUCUUCUGGAACAAGUACCAAACCCCAACAAGUGCUCAUUGAAGCUUGGCUCUUUCACUGCACCCGCCAACAGCCGUCUGAAAUAUUUUCGUGCAGUUCGCCUGACAUCAGCUGGAGCAGAGAGGCUUGCCAGUUUGUUACCACGAUUUAACAACGUCAGUGUUCUUAACCUUAGCCUUGUUGAUACAGAAGUAGAUGCGCUGAUUACCAAUAUCUCUCGCAAGUCUCUCAAGAUACUGAGACUGAGUGGAAUAAUCCUGACUCCAGCAGCAGCCACGACGCUUGGCCGGUCACUUCCUGAAAUGUCAUCCUUGGAAAGUUUCGAAGUAAUUGGGGUGAACGGAAGAAUUGUACAAAGUAAGGAAAUGGAGGCACUGUUUGACGGAUUUUAUAAAACAUUGCCUAUGGAGACGCUUGCGUUCAGCGGUUUCAGCGUGAAAGGUUGUCUUCCUGCGCUCGUCAAAAGCUUCCUCUUCUUCCCCAAUUUGAAAAAGUUGUAUGUUGGAAAAUUUAGUAUGGAUGAACAUAACCUGUUUGGCUUGCUGGAGAGCUUGAGUUUCAUUCCCAGUCUGAGAGUAUUGGACGUACAGGGCAAACGUCUGAGGUACAAACAUUCCUGUAGCGCACAAUUAAGCACAGUCAGCCGUUCUUUUGCACAUGAGAGUCUUGAGGAACUGGUACUGAGUGGUGUAAGUCUGAAUCCAACGGCAGCCGCGGCGCUCGGUCGGUCACUUGCUGAUAUGUCCUCCUUAAGAAAACUCAAAUUAAGUGGAAUGGAUAAAAAGAUGCUGCAAGCAGAGGAAAUGAAGGCGCUGUUUGGUGGAUUAAACAAAACAGUGCCAUUGCCCCCGAGUAGCCACCGCUUCUUUCCCAAUUUAUCUGAUCUGUGUCUGAAUUACGAACAUUCCUGUGGAGCACAAUUAAACACAGUCAGCCGUUCUUUUACACACGAGACUCUUGAGGAACUGGUACUGAGUGGUAUAUGUCUGAAUCCAACGGCAGCCGCGGUACUCGGUCGGUCACUUGCUGAUAUGCCGUCCUUAAUAAGACUCGAAUUAAGUGGAAUGGAUAGAAAGAUGCUGCAAUCAGAGGAAAUGAAGGCGCUGUUUGGUGGAUUAAACAAAACAGUGCCAUUGCUCCCGAACAGCCACCGCUUCCUUCCCAAUUUAUAUGAUCUGCGUCUUGGAAAGUUCAAUAUGGAUGAACAGCACUUGUUCGGUUUGAUGGAGAGUGUAAGGUUCAUUCCUAAUCUCUCUAGACUGUGCGUGGAGGGCAAACGACGGUGUCCUGCAGAUUUUAGCUCUACGGAAGUGAACACGGUGUUCAGUUUUACACACAAGACUCUCAGCGAACUGACACUGAAGGGAAUAAACCUGACACCAACAGUUGCCGCGAUGCUCGGUCGAUCACUUCCUAAAAUGUCGUCCUUGACAGUGCUUGAGUUAACUGGGGUGGAUGGAAGUGUUGUAGCAGCCGAACAAAUGGAGCGGUUGUUUGACGGAUUUAACGAAACAUCGCCAUUGACGAGGCUUCAUUUCAAUGGUUUUAGCAUCACGGGUUGUCUUGCUCCACUAACCAGACGUUUUUCUUCCUUUCCCAAUUUAGGAACCUUAGAGCUUUCAAACCUGAACAUGGAUGAGUGUGACUUGAGUGGUUUGCUGGGAAACUUUGAAUUCCUUCCUAAACUGACUACACUGAACUUGUCACGUAAUCCUCUCGGUCACGCAGUAACAUCUAUCGUGUCACACGUCAUCAACUUGCCAAGGUUAGAGUUUCUUUGGCUUGAGGGAUCUUGUUCUGAGGAAGAUUUGAAAUCUGUCGCACAGGCACUACCUGACCGUGUUGUCCUACACAGACCUGCUCGUUUUUUUAACUAAAGAAGUUGAAGACUUGUCCAUUGUAGGACAAAUGUUCAGUUUACAGACUAAUAGUAAAAGAUCGAGUUGGAGUAGGAAAAUCGUUAAUAUGGACUUGAAAUAAAUUGGCGAAGAAAUAGAUCGACGUAGUAGCGAAAAUUUUGCUUCGUGUAAUUUAUUUGUGAGAAACAUUUUUCACUAUCAGUAACAUAAUUUCAGCCACGAAGGAAUAUCAGAACGUAUGCUUGCUGUAAAGUUGUGAAGCUGUAAAUAUGUUUUAAUAUGAGUUGAAAUACAAAGCGUAGAGAGUGAAGA